AUAAGCACACACCCAUCUCUGUAAACCCAAACCCGGAAAGUUAGUUGCAUGGCGGUUAACCAUCACAAUCAUAUUCAUUUCUUAAUCACUCACUUAAAUCCUUUCCAUGUUAAUUUUCUUCCCUAUCCUUACUUUAACUCCUCAUCUCUAAUCGUCUUUUCUCUUCCUUCCCUAGCUUUUCCUAUUCUCACCCAAAGUAGGCUAAACCAGUCUUUCACCUUUAGCCACAGGUCAAACCAUCUCUUAGUGACUUUAAGUAACUUAAUGAAAGUUAAAAACCAAAGGGACAACUUUCAUUUUCACCAUUCUUCAUCUGUCUGUCGUUGUGUUCACUCAUCAACUGAUUGUGGUUAAUAACAAACUCCAUCAUCUAUCUCGAACAUUGUUCCUCACCUUAAACAAAUUGUUUAUAAACAUUCAACAUUGUUUAAUUGAUUCUCAAAUUGCAAACUGUGAUAUCUACUGUGAUCUAACCUUAAUACUUAAUUAAAAUGACCAGUCAUAUUGAACUGACAGAUUCUAUUAAAGAUAUUCCUUACUCAGGAUUGCUGCCAUAUCCAUGUAAACCAGGAUUACUUCUUUAUAUCCAUGGACGAAUUCCUGAAAAUGCAGAAAAAUUCUGUGUAAAUCUCGCUAAAGCUGGAACCGGUGACAAAGCCUUUCAUUUCAAUCCACGAUUUGGAGAACAGUGUGUAGUGCGAAACAGCUUCGUUGAUAAUAAAUGGGGAAACGAAGAAAGGAAUCCCAAGAAUCACAUUCCUUUCAGUCGUGGAGAGUCUUUCAACCUUUUAAUACUCGUACAAAGCAAUUGUUAUAGAGCUGCUGUGAAUGGUGAACAUUUUAUUGAUUUCGAUCACCGGACUCGUUUUAGUGAAGUACGUAAAUUGGAAAUCAAUGGAGAUGUAGUUGUUAACAAAAUUAGUUACCACAUGGAUAAUAAUCACACACUAGACUGUACACAAUUUUUGCUUGGUUAUCCAAUAUAUCGACCAAAACUACCUUUCAAAUGCAAAUUUCCCUCUACAGUCUCGGCUGGUUUCAUGGUGUAUAUUUCAGGCCGUCCUGAAUUACGUGCUCACAGAUUUGCUGUUGAUUUAUUAUCUGGUGAAGAUAUAGCCUUUCAUUUCAACGUGAGAUUUGACGAAAAAGCUGUGGUCCGUAAUUCAUUUACCUCAGGGGACUGGUUGAAAGAGGAGCGACAUAUCUCUUACUUCCCAUUUGCUCUUGGAGUAAAUUUCGAUAUGAUUAUUUUGAUUACCGAACAGAAGCUGAUGGUUGCCUUGAAUGGACAACAUUACAUUAACUAUAAUCAUCAAGUAUUGCCAAUCGACUCGAUCGACUCUUUAAGCAUCAGAGGUGAUCUCUGCCUUAGCUCUAUACGAUUUUCAACAUAAAUAUGAUGCUUGAUUUUUUUAUUUAUAACCUGUUGAGUAUCUAAAGUGGCUUUCAAUGAAACAUGGUGAAACUGAGAUCGUCCUGUUAACACCAACAUUUAUUUAUAUCAUUGCUUCCUUAAUAAGCUUCAACAAUCUUGCGACUAGAAAAGUGCAAACCUUAAAGUAAUUAUCAUCUGUUACAAUACCUUUUUAUACUCUACUUACCUUUGAUAAUAGAUAUGUGUGAUUUAGCCAACAUGUGAUAAAUAAAUCAUUGGUUGUAACUGGAUGCUAACAUUUGAUGAAAAAAUAAACAAUAAAUUACUGUAUAACUCGAUAAGCUUA